AAUACCAUCACUCUGAUAGUGCGUGUACGCUCCGCAACAGUAUACUAACGGCAGUCGUCGGCGCCCGCGGCCCGUCACUCGCUCGCUACCGUCCGGCGCGCGAACACGCUUAGAACGCACGUGAGUGACCGCCCCCCAUCCCACACCGGGCCGGCCACCACCCGCCGAACCGACCGACAUUUGCACUCGACGUAGAUUUUUUUUCGAGAAUAAAAAAAAAAUUUUUUUCGCUUUUUUUUUUCCCGCCACGCCGUCGCCUCCGCGCCGCUCAAACCCCAACGACUCCGACACUUGUCGCCGCCGCCACUCUAUUCCGGUCGAAAACACCGCGAGAUUGUUCCGUCGCCGUCGCGUUUUUUUUUUGUCUAAUAAUUUUUAAUCGUUUGCUUUUAUAACUUUGUCCGUUGGCGAUAACGAAACUUGUUAACCUUUAAUCAACUCGAGUUAUUUGAAAAACACCAAUGUGCAUGGCUGAGUAAUGCGAUCAUCGAUCAAUCAUGGCACUCUUGUACAGAUUAGUUAAGUUGCCGGACCGUUUUCAGACCCAUGUGUUUACAUUCGUGGUGACCAAAUCAGUAACUCGCGAUCCAGACCGGGACGUUACGUCCAAGGAGUUUGCUUGUGGCCAUCAAAAAUGGUCAAUCACAUUCUCACGAACUGACAAGAUGUUAGGAGCGUAUCUAGUGUGGAAGAGUGCUUCCGAAUCGGUGCGCGUUUAUGUGGAUUUUACGUUCACUAUACUCAACCGUGAACAUUUCAGCGUGAACGAAUCAUUUGCGGGUAAACAAGUGAAGUUUACGACGGACUGCCCUGCCCAGGGGAACCGAAACUACAUACCGGUCAGCGACCUGUACGGCCGAAACUUCACUGACGCAAAUGGCGAGUUCCAGCUGGAACUGUCCAUCGGUCACGUGCGCACUGUGUACGACACGGAGUUCGGCGUGCCCACGUCGCUCACCUCCAGGCUGAUGCACCACCACCACCAGAUUCAAAACCACCACAACCCGGCGGCGGGAAACGCGCUCCAGCAUCAGUACGGUACGGCGUCGCCCAGGGGGACCAAGUGCAAGCUGGAAACGUCGUACUUCACGUUCGGUGGAUUCGACUGGAAUCUAGCGCUGUACCCGCACGGCGUCAAAGACGUAUCGUGUACUUCGGUUGAAGGCCGUAUGUCGGUAUAUUUAAACCGAUGUACAGGAUUCGACCAUCAAUGCCGUGUUCGGUACAUGUUAAUUUUGGGUGAUGGAGAAAAACGUCUAGACUCUGGAAUAUUGGAUGAUGUAUCCGAUUCAGAUGGAAAAAGCUAUGGCUGGCACCCCAGAUAUAAGUUCUCUGAACUUGUUACAAAGGGCACGAUUCGGGUACAUCUAGAGAUGUUAUUGGCAAACACCCUGAGUGAAGUUAUAUCCAGCAUAGUAAUAACGGGUAUCAAUCAGCAUGGGGUGUCGUCGGCAGCGUCCAGUGGCGUUGUGGCGUCGCCCACGAAAACGCAAUGUUAUGACCGGGACAAGCACGCGUGGUCCAUAAGGAGCGAUUGCCAAUCAGAAACUGUCCGACUUCAUAUGGUCUACAAGGAUAUUCAAAACGUGCCCAGAAAUCAUCUCAGAUAUGUUUGCUGGACGGCGUACCUGCUGCGGUACCACGGUAAAACGGGCCACGUGGAACCGGUGCCAUUACCAGGUGCACCAUUCAGCCACUAUUACGCCACUGAUGCCACUGACGAAGGGAUUAUAAUGGAAACCGACAUAAGCGUCAAAGAGGUAAGUACACGCCAAUGUUUUCCCUAGUGAAAUUAAACGUCUCCCGGCGGCGUUACCCAUUACAUUAUGUGUACGGAAGUGAUCGUAAAUCAGGUUAUAGAUUAUAACAACUAUAUUGUAUGCGAGUUGGUCCCACAAGUAUGAUUUAUCAUUUUGGUUUUUUUUUUAACUCAUUACUAUAACAACAGUGUUUGUAUACCGUUGCAAAAUAAUAAUAACAUUUGUAAAAUAAUAUAAAACAAAAAUACGUUUUGUAAACACACGAAAGCCGCGCUUCGUUAUAGUAUCUACCUUGUAACGCCGUGAAAUAUGAUGGUUCGUCUUAACUUAACUAAUGAAAAUAAAUUACGUCAUUUUGAAAAAUUUGGUUAUCCUGAGACAAGAAACAUAUUGUAUAAUUAGAAAUGAGUUACCGCUUGUGACGAAAAAAUAAUAAUCUUAAAUGAUGAUUCAGAAUAAAUAACAUUUAUUUAGAAGAGGGGUGUAUGUUUCGUAUUAUAUCUCAAAAUAUUAAUUUGUUAUAUUAUUUAAACCAAUUGAUCAAUUAUAAAAAAGGUGAGAAAGUUGCUAUACCGUUCUGCAGCUAUGCUGUAUACUAGGUAGGUGGCGAGUGGGUCACCGUAAUGGAUGUAUUAAGUUUCCA